AUGCCAACGGAUGGUUUCUCUAGGCUGGUGCUAACAUUUGGAGGCCAAGGUGCGAAACGUGGCACAGCCAUUGUUUCGUUUUCAUGUCAAGAAGCACUGGCGAAUGCAUUGAGUUUGGACGGUACAGAACUGGAUGGCCGUUUGUUAAGGAUAUCGCUUUCUCGUCAGUAUCAGUCUCGAGGAUCUUAUAACGGCUAUCAAGGAUCAAAUUAUGGCUAUGGAAAUUACAGGAACAAUGAAAGCUACCAGCACGAAGGAGGCUACAGCACACUGCCACAUCCUCGGCGAGGUGGCCCACCGCCUCUGAUCCCUUAUCAUAGUUAUAACUCGGAUUAUGGCCGUGCUAAUCGACCACCUCCACAACAGCAGCAGCAGCAGCAACAGCAGCAACAACAGCAGCAGCAAAUGCAUUUAUCUUAUCGUACGCGCGAUAAUCGGAGGUAUGAUUAUGAUAAUCGUUCAGUGCGCCAUCCAAAACCCGGAAAUAACCAGUUUUAUCCUCGUUAUGUGGUAAGUUGUUGA